AGCACACUCAACACGUCAAUAUUCCUUGGUUCUAUACGUCGUGCUCUAUCAACUCAAUGUUAUUGCCAAUGUAAUCAAAGACAGAUGUUACGCCUAGCAGCUCAAAGCGCCACAGGGACUCUUCACAGAGCGCUCGCUCCUGGAAAUGCUUUCAUUCUUCAGCCAGAUCCCGAUGCUCGAGCCCCGGCACCAGAAGGUAAAAAUGUGCUCCCCUACGCGCUGCGAGGUAUGGCCGUCAAAGACAACAUCACUACCUUGUCUACGCCGACAACAUGUGCAUCAAAAACAUUAGAAACAUACCGGAGCCCUUUCGAAGCAGGGGUACUCGAGCAGCUCCGGAGUUGUAUGGGAACGGUGGUUGGGAAAACCAAUCUCGAUGAAUUUGGAAUGGGAUCUCACUCAACCAAUUCCGCCUUUGGUCCUGUCACGAACACUACUCCGUUUGAGAGAAUUUCUGUGGGAGGCAGUUCUGGAGGAAGUGCUAUCGCUGUAGCUACUCUCCAAUGCGACAUGGCUUUAGGGACAGAUACAGGUGGAUCUGUACGGCUGCCAGCUGCCUAUACUGGUGUGACAGGUUUUAAACCUUCGUAUGGUAGAAUCUCACGGUGGGGAGUUGUGCCCUACGCAAAUUCUAUGGAUACCGUUGGUAUUCUGGCCCCGUCCGCUACAUCUGUCAUGAGUGUAUUCAGAUGUGCCAUAGAGCCUGACCCUCGAGACCCAACAUCGCUCACAGGAGAGACCAGGUCCCGUAUACGACAGUCAAUUACCAAGAGCAGAAAAAGAGAGAGGGCACGCAGGAAGAGAUUGGGACAAUGGGAAUCUGAGGACGACGACACCAAGUUCAUGAAUGUCAGGAUUGGCAUUCCAGUAGAGUACAACAUCGAGGAACUUGAUCAUGGUGUGAGAAGUAUUUGGAAAGAUGCUUUGGAAAUCUUUCAAGUUAAUGGAGCUACGUUGGUACCCAUCUCCCUUCCUAAUACGAAGCAUGCUCUCUCCGCAUAUUAUGUUCUGGCACCCGCCGAAGCCGCCUCCAAUCUUUCCAAAUAUGAUGGCGUCAGAUAUGGAUCUCGCGCUGAAGGAUGGCGUGAAGGAACUGGUCAUGUCUUGUAUUCGAAUACGAGAGGUUACGGCUUUGGCGAAGAAGUCAAGCGAAGAAUCCUCUUAGGGUCUUACACCCUGAGCUCUGAAGCAAGAGAUAAUUACUUCUUGAAGGCUCAGAAGGUCCGGCGACUCGUUCAGCGAGAUUUUGACCGCGUCUUUGCAGUCCCAAAUCCUCUUUUGCCAACUCAGCAUUUCGACCUCAGCGAUCUUGAUGAAUCUACACCAAUGAUGGACAAAUUGGGUCCGCCUCAGGUGGACUUUAUUGUAUGCCCUACAGCUCCGACUGCUGCACCGAGCCUGCAGUACGUUGCCACGCAAAAUUCGGUUGAUACUUAUAUGAACGAUGUCUUCACCGUCCCAGCAAGUCUAGCAGGUCUACCUGCUAUAAGUGUACCAUUCUCGAUAUCUCGACAGCAUAAACGUCGAGACCAUCCCAAUUACACAGGCAUACAGAUCAUUGGUCAAUUUGGUGAUGAUCAACGUGUCAUCACCAUAGCUGAGAAGCUCGAAGCUUUCAGAGACGCUCGCAAUUUGUUCAGGACUCCAGCUCUGCAGCAGUUUGCUGUCAAAAAUGGUGUAUUAGACGAACUCCGUAAAUUGUACCUAGGCGAAAAGGAGAAUCUUGCCCCAGGAAUUGGUCCUCGAAUCGAAAAGAUACUUCUCGAUCGCAAGUAUCAUCCCGUCUCGGAUCAAAACCGACAGCCAUGGAGUGAAUAUGCCUCUGAGCUCACCCCAGAGAUUCGACAUGUACAGACCUAUGGACCUAGGGAAUCCCGCAAACCACGUACGGACAAAGAGAUUAGUCGCGAUCUCAAAGCUGCUCUCGAAAUAUGGGAGCAAAUCAAGACAUCAGAAAACAACGACCCUUGAGGGAUGGAUUGGUGUCUUCAUCUAACACCUCUAACACAAUAACCUAGCCUCACGAUCAUACUCUUGAAUUGAAUAUACCCCUCGAUGUACUAGAUUUCCGCUGUAUUAUUCAAGGUCACGAAGCACGAACACUCGACUUUGUACAUAUCUGUAACAAAUCUGUG